AUGUCUGGCUUGUUUGACUCUCUCGUCCUUCUCUUCCCUAUCAUGUUCUGCUUUACUUACAUCAAGGACCUUGCCGCUGAGACUGCGACUGCUGCUUAUAAUGAUGUACUGCAGUUCUUUGCGCGUUGUCGGCGUGCUAUGUACUGGAGCCUCUAUUUGAUGUUGUUCCUGUUCACUCUCGCCUGUGUCAAGGUCUUUACUGACAGCAUGAAUGCUAUGUUUGAUGGUGAGAAGCCCUCUCGUGGCGCCUACUACAAUUAUUUGGUUGUCUAUGCUUUAACUGACCUAGAACUCGUCCACUAUUUAUAA